AUGAAUUUUAAUUUGAAUAGUUUGUUACAGAAGGAAAUAGCCAAGAAAAAAAGAGAGAUUGAUGUUUCUAAUGCCAACCGAGCUGUGGUAGAAAAUGGUAAUAACUGCAAAGAUGAACCAUUAACAUCGGUUCAAGUGACAACUGUGAACCUUAUCAAUAGUGGUAAAGGUGAGUUGGAAAGGGAGAAGCAAAAUCGAAUUGACAAAAAUAUUGAAAGAUUGAAAAGUAGAAGAAGUAGAAUUAAUGAUAUUUUAAACAGUGAAAAAGAUAUUGAUUAUAAUAUCAACAUUAAUGAAAUUUUAAUUGAAAAUAUUAAUUCAUCUAAAUUGUCAAUUAAAUGCAACCUUUACGUUCAUAAACUGUUGAAAGAUUGGAAAGAAAGCGGUCACUCAUAUGAUUUAAUUCUUGAAACCAAGAGAAAUUUAUUACCGUUGUUAAUCAAGUUACGUAAGAAUGAUAUUAAUAAAGAAAUAUUAAUAUCAGUAAGUACAAUACUAUACCAUUUACAGCAAGAUAAUGAAAUCAAUCAAAGUUUACAAUCAUAUAUGAAAUUAAGUAUAGGUACAGUGGCUUGGCCAAUUGGUGUAACACAAAUUAGUAUUCACUCACGUAGUGCCCAUUCAAAAUUAAAUGACAUCAAUAAGACUUCUAAUAUAAUGAUUGAUGAAAGAACAAGAUUAUGGAUUACAAGUUUAAAAGGUUAA